AUGCGCAGUGCCGCUCGCGCGCCGCGCCAAUCCUGCAGCGCCUUCAGCAGGUUUCGGGCGGCGAAUUCCAGUUCUCCGGGUUUUGGGGCUCCCUGCGGGAGGCAGUGCUGGAUCUGGGAAUCUCUAGGAAAGGAAAGGGCAAAGGAGGGGAAAGAUGGGGGGCUGCAGUCUCCACGUACGUCCCUCAAGGCGCGUCCCAAAACCCGGAUAACUGGAGCGCUCCCCAUGGACCACACGGAGGGUUCGCCCGCGGAGGAGCGGCCUGCGCAUGCUCCAUCGCCUGGGUAG